CUUUGCACUUGAUUCAUUAAGACAGAAAGAAAAGCAAGAAGAUACUUGAGUUCCUCAAAGAUUUAGAUUUUUACAGUUAAACCGAUGGACGGCAGUGUGGAGGCAAGUUGCUUUAGGAUUCCAGAGCACGUUCUGAGCUCAAGUGGCCAGAAAAUGCCGGUUUUGGGCUUUGGCACGGCAGUUGACCCACCAGUAGCACCACAAGUUAUAAAGCAGGCUAUUGUCCAAGCAAUUGAGCUUGGUUAUAGGCACUUUGACACAGCUUCUGUAUACGGAACAGAACAGCCGGUUGGUGAAGCAAUCAUAGAAGCCAUUUCGCUUGGCUUAAUUAAAUCUCGAGACGAGCUCUUCAUCACUUCCAAGCUCUGGUGCAACGAUGCUCAUGGAGAACUUGUUCUCCCUGCCCUUCGCAGGAGCUUACAAAAUCUCAAGUUGGAGUACCUCGAUCUCUAUCUUAUUCACUGGCCUGUGAGUCUAAAACAAGGGAAUUUCGAAUUCUUAGUGGUUAAUAAGGAAGACGUCCUCCCCAUGGAUUUUGGUUCCGUAUGGUCAGCCAUGGAAGAUUGCCAGAGGCUUGGCCUUACAAAGUCUAUAGGUGUCAGCAAUUUUUCCUGCAAAAAGUUAACUGACAUUCUUGCCUUAGCAAAGAUCCCCCCGGCUGUUAAUCAGGUGGAAUUGAACCCGACGUGGAACCAAAAGAAGCUGAGAGAGUUUUGCAAUGCGAAUGGGAUCUUUGUGACAGCUUACUCUCUGUUGGGAGCUUCAGGGACUGCUUGGGGCAGCAACAGAAUUAUGGAGUAUGAUGUGUUGAAGGAAAUUGCUGAGGCAAAAGGGAAGACAGUUGCUCAGAUAUGUGGGAGAUGGGCUUAUGAACUAGGUGUGGGUAUGGUGGUGAAGAGCUUCAAUGGUGAGAGGAUGAAGCAAAACCUUGAGAUAUUCAAUUGGUCCUUGACCGAGGAUGAGGUUAAAAAGAUCAAUGACAUCCCACAAAGAAGACACCACCGAGGAGAAGAGUUCAUCACCAAAGACGGUCCUUUCAAGGCAGUUGAGGAAUUGUGGGACGGAGAAAUGUGAUUUUUGUUUUCCUAUAUCUAUUCUCGUUGCUAUCUACUAUAUUAUAUAUUUUAUAAAUAAAUGAUAAUAAUAGUGGUUUGUAAUGUAUGCUAACACUAAGUUUUUUGGCAGAAUAAGAAAUUAGAAAAAACAUUUUAAA